AUGAUAUUUAUAUCUUUUUUACUACCCUUCUUUUCUUUCUUUCACGCUUUCCUUCUUCUCUUUUUCAUUCUUUCCUUUUGUCUCCAUUUCUUUUUUACUAUCCUUAUUCUCUUUCUUCCACCCUUUUCUUCUUCUCUUUUUCAUUCUUUCCUUUUGUCUCCAUUUCUUUUUUCCUAUCCUUCUUCUCUUUCUUUCACGCUUUCCUUCUUCUCUUUUCAUUCUUUCCUUUUGUCUCCAUUUCUUUUUUACUACCCUUCUUCUCUUUCUUUCACGCUUUCCUUCUUCACUUUUUCAUUUUUUUCCUUUUGUCUCCAUUUCUUUUUACUACCCUUCUUCUCUUUCUUUCACGCUUUCCUUCUUCUCUUUUUCAUUCUUUCCUUUUGCCUCCAUUUCUUUUUUACUAUCCUUCUUCUCUUUCUUCCACGCUUUCCUUCUUCUCUUUUUCAUUCUUUCCUUUUGUCUCCAUUUCUUUUAUACUACCCUUCUUCUCUUGCUUUCAGGCUUUCCUUCUUCUCUUUUUCAUUCUUUCCUUUUGUCUCCAUUUCUUUUUUACUACCUUCUUCUCUUUCUUUCACGCUUUCCUUCUUCUCUUUCUCAUUCUUUCCUUUUGCCUCCAUUUCUUUCUUACUACCCUUCUUCUCUUUCGUUCACGCUUUCAUUCUUCUCUUUUUCAUUCUUUCCUCUCCAUUUCUUUUUUUAAUAUCCUUCUUUUCUUUCUUUCACGCUUUCCUUCUUCUCUUUUUCAUUCUUUCGUAUGAUAUUUAUAUCUUUUUUACUACCCUUCUUCUCUUUCUUUCACGCUUUCCUUCUUCUCUUUUUCAUUCAUUCCUUUUGUCUCCAUUUCUUUUUUACUACCCUUCUUCUCUUUCUUUCACGCUUUCCUUCUUCUCUUUUUCAUUCUUUCGUAUGAUCUUCAUUUCUUUUUUACUACCUUCUUCUCUUUCUUUUCAUUUUUCCUUCUUCUCUUUUUCAUUCUUUCCUUUUGUCUCCAUUUCUUUCUUACUACCCUUCUUCUCUUUCUUUCAUGCUUUCCUUCUUCUCUUUUUCAUUCUUUUCAUUUGUCUCCAUUUCUUUUUUACUAUCCUCCUUCUAUUUCUUUCAUGCUUUCCUUCUUCUCUUUUUCAUUCUUUCCUUUUGUCUCCAUUUCUUUUUUACUACCCUUUUUCUCUUUCUUUCACGCUUUCCUUCUUCUCUUUUUCAUUCUUUCCUUUUGUCUUCAUUUCUUUUUUACUACCCUUCUUCUCUUUCUUUCACGCUUUCCUUCUUCUCUUUUUCAUUCUUUCCUUUUGUCUUCAUUUCUUUUUUACUACCCUUCUUCUCUUUCUUUCACGCUUUCCUUCUUCUCUUUUUCAUUCUUUCUUUUUGUCUCCAUUUCUUUUUUACUAUCCUCCUUCUCUUUCUUUCAUGCUUUCCUUCUUCUCUUUUUCAUUCUUUCCUUUUGCCUCCAUUUCUUUUUUACUAUCCUUCUUCUCUUUCUUCCACGCUUUCCUUUUUCUCUUUUUCAUUUUUUCCUUUUGUCUCCAUUUCUUUUACGCUUUCUUUCCUCUCAACCUUUCCUUCUUCUCUUUCUUUCAUAUUUUCUUUCAUUUUGUUGGUUCUCCCUUUCUUCCUCUCUUUCUUUUUUCUUUCCUUCUUUCUUUCUUCUCUGCUUAUCAUUUUCUUCGUUCUUUUUGUUUUCUUUUCUGCUUCCAUUCUUCCUUAAUUCCUCCCUAUCUUUUCUUUCUUUCUUUCUUUCUUUCUUUCUUUCUUUCUUUCUUUCUUUCUUUCAGCUCCGUUCUCCAUUUAUAUAACUCUCUUUCUCUCUCUCUCUUUUACAUGUUCCUUUUCUCUCUCUUUCGAUUUCUCUGUACUGAUAAAUCAUGUUUUAUUAAUUAA